AUGACGGCCCUUUUCCGUGGGGAGGGAGGCUGCUCAGAGGCGUCUCCCAGCAGCCAGGACCAGACGGCUGCCGGGGAAUCUGUGACAGAGGCGGAGCUGAAGCGCCUGCCCGAGUUCAACCCCCCCUCCUUCAUGCCUUUUGGGAACGUGGGCACCCCCCUGAGCGUGUUCCUGGAGCUGAUCCGGGCCUGCCGGCUGCCUCCCUGGAUUAUCAAGAAGCUGCAGCUGGAUUUCCCAAAGACUGGCUCAUCCCGGAGGUAUGGGAAUGUGCCCUUUGAAUACCAGGACACUGAGACAGUGGUGGAGGAAGGAGGAGUUUACACGGCUGCAGGGGAUGAGAUCACCGAGGGAGAGGGGCCAGAGCCAGCCCCGGGGGUGACUCACCCAGCUGGGCCCGAGGAGGAGGAGGAGAGGCAGCAGGAGGAAGAGGAGUCUCACUCAGAUGAUGACAAUGACACCUGUGAGGAGUGGGAGCGGCACGAGGCCCUGCACGAGGACGUGACCAAGCAGGGCCGUGUGGAGGAGCGGCUCUUCGAGGAGGAGAUCGAGCUCAAGUGGGAGAAAGGAGGCUCUGGCCUCGUGUUCUACACAGAUGCCCAGUUCUGGCAGGAGGAGAACGGAGACUUUGACGAGCAGACAGCGGACGACUGGGACGUGGACAUGAGCAUCUACUAUGACAAAGAUGGAGGUGAUAAGGAUGCUCGGGACUCGGUGCAGAUGUGGCUGGAGCAGCGGCUCCGGGAUGGGUUGGAGGAGGGGUCUGUGUCAGGGCAGCAGAUUGGAACCUUCGAGAGAUACACCAAGGGCUUUGGCAGGAAGGUGCUGGAGCAGCAGGGCUGGACAGAGGGCCUGGGCCUGGGGAGCAGCAACUCUGGGAUGGCUGAAGCUCUGGAUAACGAGGGUCAGAACCCCAGAUGCAAAAGGGGGCUGGGGUACCAUGGGGAGAAGCUGCCAACCUUCCUCAAGGGGAAGAAGCCCCGGAGGGACAAUCCCAUCCUCAUCUCCACCAUCUACGACGACCCUGAGCCCCAGGACAUGGGGGACCAGCUGCUCCGGCGCCAGCCCCCCACUGCCAUGAAGUACAGGCAGGACAUGGCCUUUGUCCGGGCGUCCCACCCUGCCCUGGGCAGCCUCAGGUCCCAGUCCCACUGAGCAGGGACUGCCACAGCCUUGGGAUCUGCUCCCCAAUCCAGGCUGGCUCCUGGUCUCGGGGGUGGAGCAGAGUGUUUAUAUUUUUUAAUUUAUUUGUAGAAAAUUUUUUGGUUUAUUUUAGAAAGAUUUUGUAAUAAAAAUUGCCUCAG